AUGGCCACUUCAGGCAGUGUGCCCUUAGGCUACAAGAUUUUCUCGAGGAUCGUACGUAACAAUGCAAUGAAGCAAGACCCUCCGGAGAUCUAUGGAUGGCGGGCCAUAGCGCUGGCUUGUUCUGCCGGCUUCGGAGCUAUGUUGUUCGGCAUGGACUCGUCAAUCAUCGGAGGAGUCGUCGUACUCAAACAAUUCAAAGAUAAAUUUGGCUUAAGCUCCUCCGAAGACAAAGUGGCCCUAGCCAAUUUGCAGGCCAACAUCGUCUCUACGCUGCAGGCUGGUUGUUUCGCCGGUGCACUGAUCGCGGCCCCAAUCGCGGACAAGCUUGGACGAAAGAAAGGUCUAAUCUACACGUCGAUCGUGGUUCUCAUCGGUGUCAUCAUGCAAUUCAAUGCAUGGGGUGAGCUCGCACCUCUGUAUGUUGGCAGAUUUAUCAACGGGCUUGGUGUCGGCGCUGCAAGUAUGCUCGUGCCAACCUAUAUCUCGGAGAAUGUCCCAAGAGCAAUCAGAGGCUUGCUUACUGGAUUGUAUCAGCUCUUCAUCGUUACCGGCGGCAUGAUAGCCUACUGGGUCAACUACGGAGCUUCUCUCCAUUUCGAGGGCGACUCAGCUGGGUGGUUCCGCUUGCUGUUCAGGGCAUACCCGCUGUCCUCCUACCACCCUUACAUCACCGCCGAAUUCAAUGAGAUGGUCACUGCCAUCGAAAACGAACGAGUACUGAUCGGCGGCUCCGGUUUCAAGGACCUCAUGCGUGAGAUGUGGACUAUUCCAGGGAACAGGAAACGAGCUCUCAUUAGCGUGACACUCAUGAUCUGCCAGCAGAUGACGGGCACGAAUGCCAUCAACUCAUACGCCCCUCUCAUCUUCGAAAACCUGGGCAUUAAAGGCCAGAACACCGGUCUCUUCGCAACCGGCGUCUACGGAAUCGUGAAGGUGGUCACCUGCUCCAUCUUUCUGCUUUUCAUGGCCGAUUCGCUGGGACGACGGCGCUCACUUCUCCUAUCCAGUGUCGGCCAGGGCUUCUGUAUGUUCUACAUCGGGCUCUGGCUGCGAUUUGAUCCACCAGAGAAAGGUGGCGAUGUGAAGCCCGCAGGCUACGUCGCACUCGUCUGUAUCUUUGUGUUCGCGAUGUUCUUCCAGUUCGGCUGGGGUCCGGUCUGCUGGAUUCUGGCGUCUGAAAUUCCUACCGCACGGCUUCGGGCCUUGAAUGUUUCUCUUGCGGCUGCGACUCAGUGGCUCUUCAACUUUGUCGUCGUGCGCGCUGUCCCAACAAUGCUUGUCACAGUUGGCGCGCACGGCUAUGGGACCUACCUGAUUUUCGGCAGCUUCAUUUUCGCGAUGUUCGCCUUCGUGUGGUUUUUUAUCCCCGAGACCAAAGGCUUGUCGCUUGAGGCCAUGGACGCCUUGUUUGGUGUCGUACCACACGACGCAGAAGCACUCGCGCAAGGCAGGAUGGGUGCUGCCAUGAACCUACAGGCUACGAAGAAUCUGGACGACGAUGCGCAUUCUACCGGAGCUGAGGUGGAAGCCAGUGAGAAGAGGGCUCGAGGAACGCAGAUCGAGACUGUCUAA